AUGGUCGCUAAUAUGGCCCAAUACUCUGACGAAGUUAAUGAGCUCACCGCUAAUACUAUAACAGUGCUAUUUUUCGCUCACUCAGUUAUUAAACUGGUAUUCUUUGCUGUCAAUUCUAAGAGCUUUUACAGGACCUUGGCAAUGUGGAAUCAGUCAAAUAGUCAUCCACUUUUUACGGAAUCUGACGCGAGGUAUCACCAACUGGCGCUCACUAAGAUGAGAAGAUUACUAUACUUUAUUUGCGCCAUGACUGUACUCUCUGUUAUCAGUUGGGUAACAAUAACUUUCUUUGGAGAAUCAGUGCGUUUGAUUACUAACAAGGAAACUAACGAAACUCUUACUGAACCAGCACCAAGGCUGCCUGUAAAGGCCUGGUAUCCAUUCGAUGUGAUGAGCGGUACUAUAUUAGUCGCUUCUAUAGGCGAUACAUAUGGCACUGCACUAUUAUUCCAUAUGCUGGUGUCGACAAUAACUCUAACUUUACUAGCAUACCAAGCAACAAAGAUCGAUGGUUUGAAUGUGUACGCUUUUAGUACGAUAGGAUACUUGAGCUACACACUUGGCCAAGUCUUUCACUUCUGCAUUUUCGGCAACAGAUUAAUUGAGGAGAGUUCGUCGGUAAUGGAAGCAGCCUACUCUUGCCAGUGGUAUGACGGCUCUGAAGAAGCAAAAACAUUUGUCCAAAUUGUUUGUCAGCAAUGCCAAAAAGCGAUGAGUAUUUCGGGGGCAAAAUUCUUUACGGUGUCUUUGGAUCUGUUUGCCUCGGUGCUCGGUGCUGUGGUGACAUAUUUCAUGGUGCUGGUGCAACUGAAG